AUGGCGACCGUCCGCGUGUUGAGUACGCGUUUGGGACGAAGUAAUUCGCCCUUUUUGCGUCAUUCGUCGCGCGGUCUCAACGCCCUCGCGCUCCUGGUCUCAACGCCCUCGCGCUCCUGGCUUUGGUCGUCGCGCCGUCUCAUCGCCCUCGUGCUCCUGGCUUUGGUCGUCGCGCCGGGGACCUUGGCCGAUUUCGAGUAUCCGCAGAGCGCGGUGCUGACCUCGAGCGACGGUUUUGCAAGCGACUAUUUCGCUUACCCCGCCGUUGCCGUCGACGGAGACACGAUAGUGAUAGGCGCGAAUAAACACGGCGGACUUGGAGUGGACGCCGGGGCAGCGUACGUGUACACGCGCGACUUUCCCGGGAACCUCAGCUCCUCCUGGACGGAGCGCGCAAUCCUCACUGGGAGCGCCACGACCGCGGGCGAAAGGCUCGGCUUCUCCGUAGCCAUCGACGGCGACACGUUGGUUCUCGGCGCCAAGGGGAUGAAUGGCAACAAGGGCGGCGCGUACGUGUUUACCCGCGACUCCCCCGGCGACCUCGCCUCCAACUGGACGCAGCGCGCCAUUCUGGAGGUGAGUGAUGGCUCGGGGGGCUCGCCGGGCGACCAGUUCGGCUGGUCCGUCGCCGUCGAUGGCGACACAAUCGCGGUGGGCGAAAUCUUUGACGAUUCCAGUGGAGGGUCCGCGUACGUGUUCCGGCGCGACUUCGCCGGCGAUCUCAGCUCAACCUGGUCGCAGGUUGGCGCAAAACUAAAGCCGAGCGAUGCGGCUUCUUACCCUGGGAGUAAUUUCGGCGUCGGUGUGGCCCUCGACGGCGACACCUUGGUGGUCGGGUCGCACGUCAAAGCUUCCCAAACCGGAGGCGCCUACGUGUUCACCCGGAACAACGCCGGUGACCUCAGCUCUGACUGGACGGAGCGCGCCAUUCUGGAGGCGAGCGACGGUGCGGUAGGCGACAGAUUCGGUAACAGCGUCGCGAUCGACGGCGACACCAUCGUUAUCGGGGCGCAUAAGGACCACAACCCAGACCGUGACAGCGGGUCGGCUUACAUUUUCACCCGCAACGACCCCGGCUCCCUCACCUCUGCGUGGACGGAGUCCAAGCUGAAACCAGAUGACGGCGCUGCGGAUGACCUAUUCGGCAACGGCGUGUCGAUCGAAGGCGACGUGGUGGUGAUCGGGGCGUAUGGUGACGAUAACAGCAAGGGAUCCAACAGCGGGGCAGUGUACGUUUUCUGGCGCGACUCCACCGACCCCUCCGGCUGGACGCAGGUUGCCAAGCUGAUCGCGAACGACGGCGCUCAGAAUACAAUGCUCGGCUACGGCGUCGCGAUCAGCGGGGACACAUUGGUGGCCGGGAGGUCAGCGGUGAACGGCGGAAGUGCGUACGUGUUCACGAAGUUUGCGUACUGCGACGCGUCUGCGUCUCCCGCGAAUGGCGCGGUUGGGGAUUGCACGAGUCGCCUCGCCGCGGGCACGACGUGUCAGCCCACGUGCGACGAGGGAUAUCUCGUGUCCGGUCCGUCCGCGUGCGACGCCGAGGGUGUCAACACGUCGGCGAUUUGCAGGGAGCUGACGUGCUGCGAGCGAACCUUCGUUAAGUUUGGCUUUGGGGUGCCGUACAGCUGA